AUGACGUCAGCAUCUGCAGCAAAAGAAGGCGAGGGGGAAGAGAGGAGCAUCGAAGCAUUCAGGAAGACAUCUAUCAACAGCAACAUCUAUCUGCCUAUCCAAACUGUCUAUCAAAAUAAAGACCUAUCUUCCAAGCUUUCUAAGAACACACUCCUAGAAGAGCCAUCUAUCAGCGACGGCAUCAACACCGACCGAGGCGAGUACUCCAAGACAGGCGGGGAUAGCGAGGUUGCUUCCCAACGAAGCGCCUACGACAUCUGCUACCGCGACCCUGCCGACGUCCGGACAGCCUCUGACCGCGAGGAAGAAGCCAACGGCCACCGCGACCGGCGCCCGCUGGAGGUCAGCCCGGCCAACAGGGAGGUCUCCCGCUUCACCGACGAAGGAGGAGGGCAGCACGACGAAGAAAUCCGGCCGAGCAGGAGGGUGUCGCCGCGCAAGGGCAAGCGGGUGGACUACGGAGGAGCAGACAUUAGCAGCCAUCCCAGCAAAUAA